AUGCGCUCGCAGGCAAUCCAUCAUUUGGAGCUUCGCUCUGGCUGCGCCCUCCCUGUGUCCCCUCGCUCUCUCCCGCGGGCUUGCGGGUGCCUACCCUCCCUCGCCUGCGCACCACCCAUCCGAAACCUGAGUUUUUUGUCCCCUUCAUCCACCUCCUCCUCCUCCCUCUCUCUCCUCUUUCUGUGUGUGCGCGUGGGAACUGGCAAGGCAGGCUCCGCACUGUCAGCCAAUCGCGUGAGCGAACGAGCGGGGGGAGGUGCGCGCGCGCCUACGCGUGCCGACGCGCUUUUUUUGCCGCGUGAAAGCGGAGGAAAGGACACUUGGGAGGGGCACGGAGGGAAAAAAGCUCUGCACACGCGCCUGUUAGGCCGUGCACCGCUCUCUCUCUCUCGCGCGUGCGAAGGGGGGAAAGCCGUGUGCUCCGCGCGCGCGCUCACGCUCGCUUUCAAGGUCAUCCGUGUGGUGUGCAUGCCAGUGCGCGCGGCCGUUGAUUCCUUCUCGCUGGGAACUUAUUCUCCACAAACUUUUCUUGUCGUCGCUGAGAUGAUGUCGGCAGCUGCCCGGUUUUUUUUCGCGGUUCGACCUCCUCACUUCUUCCCACGGUUUCGCGUAUCGCGACCCCCCUGCCACCUCCACCGCACGUUCACCACCCCGCCGUUGCCACCAGCGUCGUCGUCGUCGUCGUCGUGA